GUAAGCAUAUUGCCCUUUACUAACUUUAUUUUGCAAAGUGCUGCAACUAUAAUAUUCUAGUGCAAGCUCCAUCAUCAUAAGUAGGCAAUAAUUGCAGGCACUCUUGGAGCUCUUGUACUGGUAUAAAAACUUUCUUUUAGGCAAGGCCGUUUGCAUUUUAAGAUUGUAUUUUGUAGAGGAUUUGUGCUUUCGUGAAUUACAAUGGCGGUUUUAGUGAAAUUCAUCUGCCUUCUAGGACUGCUUGUAGGUGUGCUCAACAUUGCUGGGCUUGAAGCGGCUGGAGAAUGCGGUAAGUCAUCUCCAGAUAAUGAGGCAAUGAAGCUAGCUCCUUGUGCAGCAGCAGCUCAGGAUGAGAAAGCUCCAGUUUCGGACAGUUGCUGCGCCGAGGUGAAGAAAAUGGGCGGGGAACCGAGCUGUCUCUGUGCUGUUAUGCUUUCUAACACUGCGAAGGCUUCAGGAAUUAAGCCACAAAUUGCUAUGACCAUCCCCAAGCGCUGCAACCUGGAAAAUCGUCCUGUGGGCUACAAAUGUGGACCCUACACACUUCCUUGAUGAGAUAUCGAGUAGAACUGAAGGCCAUCGGGAGUAAAGAGUACUCAAAUGCUUGAAGCAACUCUGUUGCUUUAACUUGUCUUUGUUGUAAUAAAUGCUUAGAGUUUUUUAUCACCAUCAUAUGGAUAAUAAAAUGUACUUAGUUUGAGUACCCA